GUACAUUUGUUACAUUACACCGUUAAUAUUGGUGACUAGGCAAACGGAGUAAUGAAAUGCUUAUUCGAACCGGGCUUUCCCGGUGAGACUUCGACCGGGCUAUUCUUAUUCGAACCGACGAUGUUUGGGGCUUGGAGAAGAACAUCGAAGAAUUUGGCGAUCGGGCCGGAUACGGAUUUGGGUGAGCGCGUUGGUGGGAUGAGAAGUUUAGGUUUGGAAGCGAGUAUGGAUAACUGGAGAUGGAGCUUCGGCAGAUGAUUGAUAAACACAUCGGGCCGGGUAGGAUAUCAAAUGGAUGUUUGGGGCUUGCGAGGUAAAAGGUUGUUCCAGGUUGCAAAGAAAACGCUGGGGCUUGCUGAGUCAGCCUCCACCGUCAAUCAAGAAAACGGCCACGUUAGCAUUUUGCAGUUGACCUUUCAAUUUUGCUGUUGUGCAUGUUUACUCUUUGAAUUGGCUCCUUCAAUUGUGCGAGGGGACGUUGAUCACUUGCAGUUGCGUGUCCUAGAAAGUCGUUUGAAAAGAAAGAGUCGUCAGAAUGAUCAAAACUAUCUGAGGCAUCAGAGUACACCUGGAGAAGUGGGGUUUGUGUUUGUUUCUCUAAUGAGGGGACUUGUUUCGUUUUGCCAAAAGCUCUAUGAAUUUAAUAGUUAAAAAUGAGUUUGGAAAUGGUAAUUUCCUCAUAGUAGCCAGAAUUUUCAUGCUCCCAAUGCAUGACUUCCUUCUGCACAAAAUCAGUUAAUCCCAUAAAAUUUGAGAAAUUUGAAAGAGUAGCCAAAAAACCAAGCACCC